UCAGAACAGAACGUGUAGUUUGCGGAAUCUCCUGCAGGGGGCAGCAGAGUUCUCAGAGUACGGCAAUUAUCUGAGCGAAGAAGAAGCAGAGUUCCGGUGUCCUUGUGCUUAGAAUCCCGCCGACAGACGGCUCCAUAAAGAUGUUCAGACACAUGAUUGCUGUCCAGCAGAUGGCGCGGCGGGGCAUCUGCAGCUCUGCCCGCAGGCAGGUGGACAACAAAGUUCCCCAGAAACAGAAGAUGUUCCAGGAGGAUAAUGGGAUGCCCGUUCACCUAAAGGGAGGCAGCACUGAUGCCCUGCUGUACCGCGCCACCAUGGCACUCACCGUCCUGGGAGUCGGAUAUACUCUGUACGAGCUGGGGAAGGCGUCAUUCCCUCGGAAGAAGGACUAACUUUGGUCCGACUGUUUACUUCCAUGGUCACAAGCGGACCAGUUGUCCCAGUUUGUAUAAAGAGAUGAUAUUCCAGAGUCCAUACCGGGCUGCGUGUUUUCUCCUGAUUCUGUGCCCUUGUUUCAUGUUCAUGGAGUGCUAACUUAUUUCUUCUACAGUCUCUGUUCACCUGAGCAUCAAUAAACAGAAUAUGCCUCUCAUGA